UUUUGAAAACGGAAGGGAUUCAAAACGCAACGACUGCCUGCGAGGUGCUGUGUUGCCCGGUGGGACGCCGAGGCAGCAGCGGAGCCCUGUCGGGGGCGCUCGGAACCGGUUUCCAGGCCUGGACCUCCCGCCCCGCGGCUCCGGACCUAAUGGAAGGUCACCUAAUGGAAGGACCUAGACCUUCCAUUAUUACGGUGGAAGAAGUCAGUAAUUUCAAGACACCAACUAAAUUAUCUGAAAAAAAGAAACCUGCAUUAUGUUCAAAUCCAUGUAUAAAUAUUCCUGCCUCUCCAUUCAUGCAGAAGCUUGGCUUUGGUACUGGGGUCAGUGUCUACCUUAUGAAAAGAUCUCCAAGAGGUUUGUCUCAUUCUCCUUGGGCUGUGAAGAAGAUUAAUCUUAGAUGUGAUGAUCAUUAUCAAAGUAUAUAUCAAAAGAGACUAACCAGUGAAGCUAAGAUUUUGAAAGACCUUCAUCAUCCGAACAUUGUAGGCUAUCGUGCUUUCACUGAAGCCAGUGAUGGUAGUCUGUGCCUUGCUAUGGAAUAUGGAGGUGAAAAGUCUCUAAAUGACUUAAUAGAAGAACAGUAUAAAAAGAGCCAAGAUCCUUUUCCAGCAGCCAUCAUUUUUAAAGUUGCUUUGAAUAUGGCAAGAGGGUUAAAGUAUCUGCACCAAGAAAAGAAACUGCUUCAUGGAGACAUAAAAUCUUCCAAUGUUGUAAUUAAAGGUGACUUUGAAACUAUUAAAAUCUGUGAUGUAGGAGUCUCUCUACCAUUGGAUGAAAAUAUGACUGUGACUGACCCUGAGGCCUGCUACAUUGGCACUGAGCCUUGGAAACCCAAGGAAGCUUUGGAAGAGAAUGGCAUUAUUACUGACAAGGCCGACAUAUUUGCCUUUGGCCUUACUCUGUGGGAAAUGAUGACUUUAUCUAUUCCACACAUUAAUCUUCUAGAUGGUGAUGGUGAAGAUGAAACUUUCGAUGAAAGUGACUUUGAUGAUGAAGCAUAUUAUGCAGCUUUGGGAACUAGGCCACCUAUUAAUAUGGAAGACCUGGAUGAAACGUACCAGAAAGUGAUCGAGCUCUUCUCUGUGUGCACAAAUGAAGCUCCUAAAGAUCGUCCUUCUGCUGCACAGAUUGUGGAAACUUUGGAAACAGAUGUCUAGUAAUAACCUCAUGUUCAUGACCACCUGAGCUUCAAGUAUGGCUCAUGUAUAUAACUGCUCUGUUUACUGUAAUACAUCUAUAUAGUUACUACGAUCUGUAAUUCAACAUUUUGGUAGUGGCCUAUUUUAGGACCAUACCAGCUGUUAACAUUUGAACAACUUUCUGAUAUAAAGGUAUUUCAUGUAUGCUUAUGAUAGGCAUUUGAGAGUAUAGUGGGUUUUCUAUAAAGUUUAAGAAAUGAGCUACUCAGUAUUUGAACUUGUUCAUACAGAUUUGACACUAGCAAUAAAAUGCUAUAGUGUUUAUCUAAUUUAAUUUGUUUAUCUAAUGUUAAUUUGGAUUAAGUGACCAUUACUUUUAUUAAUGAUCUUUCUCAGAUAUUCUCUAUUUUAAUGGAUCUGCUGAAAUCUUUGUGCAGUACAGAAUGAGUCUACAUUUGCUUCACUUUUGCUGGCCUUUCUUGGCAUGUGCUUGUUGUCACUGCAAGCUGAGAGACUGUGGCUCAAAGGAUAGCUCCACAUAUUUUCAGCCAAGGCAUGUCUUGUUCUCUUGGAUCUCCCUAGAUCUUUGGUUUUUGCUUGAAUUUAUCAAAUAUAUUUUCUGUACUGAUCCUUUUUAUUUACUAAUCUAUCUUAAGUAUUUCAAAGUUCUGGUGUAAAAAUGAUAAAACUCUUAUAAUAUAGAAUAAAGGACACUUUAGUUACCAGAAAGCAUAUUAUCUUAUUUUACACUCCUCUGAUUCAAACGUCAGUAAACUUACUGAGUGAAUGUGAUAGGUUUGUUUCCUCUUGCCUUUAUUUUGUUAAUCUGUUAAAUGAGGGUGCUUUGUGUCAGUAGUGUCCAUCUGUGAGCCACAGCCCCACUGAGGAUUUUCACUUACUGAAUUGUGCUUGUGAAGCUCAAUGGUCUACCCAGACUUCACUGCAGAAUUUAAAAAUAACUGUCACAUGGGAGAUCUUAGAAAGGUUAGGAACUAUGGCACUCUGAACUUUAAACAAUUCUAGAAUUCACUGGAGGGGUCCUUUUAGUAUGAGAUUGUACCAAGCAAUAGUAUACAGAUCAUUAAUGAGAUAUUUUCAUCAAAAUAUUAAAUUGACAAGAAAAUAAAUUGAAAGUUGACUUAAUUUAUGGAGAAAUCACUUAAAAUAGUACCCCCAAAAGAGCCUCCUCUCCUUUGUUCUAGGGACAUGCAUGUGGUGUUGCCAUAGCUUAUCCUGAAUUGCAAUUCUCUGCAGUUCCUGAAUAAAUCCAUUAUGCUGGUAAAAAAACUGACAGCUUUAUUUUUAAGGUUAACAUUACAGAGAGCAUGUACUACUUUUAUAACCACAAAGAAUAAAAAGAAAAGCAGCACAUUCAGUUGUAUAAUAAGCAGGAUAUUGAUGUUUAAUUGGUUCAUUAUAAAAGCAUUGAACAAACAAAAUAAUGUUAACAAAUUUUAAAUAAAAUAGUUAAAGACAGCAAU